AUGAACUCCAGCGACGGAUAUACAUAUUGCCUCAUCAUGAUAGAUAGAUUUUCUAAGUGGCCACAGGCAAUAUCCAUUAAGAAUCAUCAAGCCAAAACAGUGGCAAAAGCAUUUUUCACGCACUGGAUUUCUCGAUUCAGCUCACUCAAGCUAAUCACUACAGAUCAAGAAUCCGAAUUUGAAAGCAGACUGUUCAUGGCCUUAACUCAAUUGGUCAGAGUUGUAUUCCUCGGUCUCAGGACAUGUUAUAAGGAAGAGCUCAAGGCUUCACCAGCAGAAUACCUAUACGGUACAUUUAGAAUACCAGAAGAGUUUUUCACACAUGAAGAUCUGCAAAACAAUCCAAAUUUCUUUCUGGAAGAUUUUCAUGUUCAUAUGCGAGCUUUCAAAUCUAGACCAACAGCAUAUCAUGGUCGCAAGAAAAUCUUCUGCUUCAAAGAUCUACAUACUUGCACGCAUGUAUUUAUCAGGCAAGAAAACACACGCAAGAAUACGCUCGACAAUCCUUAUUCAGGCCCUCAUCGCAUCAUCGAAAGAAUUAAUGAUAGAGUUUUCACUAUCGAUGUAAACGGCCUGCCUACCAACAUAUCGAUUGAAGGCCUUAAGCCCGCUUAUCAGUCAGCAGAAGAAAACUCUACAGUCGAAUAUAUCAACCACUCUAGUGAAGCUGGAGAUCACAACGCAACUAAGCAGAACUUCGAAUCGGCCAGUGGAUCGGACAGAGAUUCAACGAAGGCAAACAUCUUUCAACAUACAUUUAGACAAGGAGAAUGGAUCGGUCUCUAA